CUUCCCCUUUGAUCCGUCACCGUCUGAUCUAUCAAUCUUCAUCAAAAAAUGGCGGAGCUCCAACAACAGUCCCAGUACCAACAACAACCGGGCCAGCAAAGCCAGGCCCAACAAGUUGUCAGGGCAGCCACUGCAGUCACUGCAGGUGGGUCCCUCCUAAUCCUCUCCUGUUUGAUCCGAGCUGCUACAGUCAUUGCCUUGACCAUAGCAACCCCACUGUUGGUGAUAUUCAGUCCGGUUCUUGUCCCUGCGGUCAUUACCGUAGCGCUUAUUUUCAUGGGGUUCUUAGCUUCAGGUGGUUUCGCUGUUGCGGCAGUGACGGUUCUGUCAUGGAUUUAUAGGUGCGUGACUGGGAAGCACCCACCUGGUGCGGACCAACUUGACCAUGCGCGCUUGAAGCUAGCUAGUAAGGCUCGAGAGAUGAAGGAUAGCGCUGAGCAGUUAGGUCAGCAACACAUCUCUGGAACUCACGCCUCUUAAGCUCGCUGCACCACCAUCCAUCUGAUUGUGAUCUCUCUGCCUCUCUCUAUAUAUUUAUGAUAAUGCAAGCUGUACUUAAAGAAUGGGUCAUUUGUUGUGCGUGUGUCUCGUUUAUUUAUUUAUUUUUUUUUUGAGAAACUGUCUCGUUUAU